ACUUGCUGAUGUCAACCACAAGGAGAGAAUAAUGACGGCAGUGUAUUGUGUUGUCGAACAGCUACAACUUUGCUACUUUCAAUUAAUACGAAUUGUAGGCAGUGCAUUGUGUGUGCGCGCGUAUUCGAAUUGUAGAAGAGCAACAGCUACUCAGAAGACUACACGUACUCAUACCCGGUACACGUACAAAACGUACUCGCGCGCCGCGACGGCAACGACAAACACUUUAUAACGCAGCUUUUUCAAGUAAACAGCCUGUGAACGAGUCUACCUUUUGUAAUAUAUUUAGUAUAAGUUAACAUUGAUGACGGCGAACGGCGGACGACGACGUUUAGUUCGAAUGCUUCUUUAAAAACGUUGAUCGCUUUAACAAUUCAUCGGGUUAUCGGAGCUCGGGACUCCACAUUUACGUUAGUGGAGUGGAUUUAACCUUAAGAGUUCGGACAGCAUCGGGGAAAAUACAGAUUUUGCAGAAACCACACGCGCGCAAUCUAAAGAAAGUGCAAAAAUUUUAACGAAGAUAUUAAAACAGGCAUCAUAUUGCCGGCGAUAUGACUAGCUUGAAUGGCGAUGCUUUUGUUAUGCGCAACGGUCGCUCCACAAGUCAGGUAUCCAUCUACAACUAUCCCGAACACCUAAAUCCAUUCUACGAGGAUGAGCAACACAAGCGUUUACGAUUUUGGCACAUAAAUAAGUCGAAUGGCAGCGGCAGUCGUCGAAGCAGUUUCUCAUUAAGUGGCCUCAAAGAUGUGUGGGCCUUCAAGUCAUUUCGCCUCAAGAAAAAAUCUUCCACACUUGGCAUAAACAAAACAUCAGAGAGCCCACCGCCACUACGUCGGGAUCUGCAGCCAUACAACACGGAUAAUGGAAAUGAUCUUAGUUUACCGGACUACAGAACUCGGUAUUCUACGCCAGCGGACGGCAGCUUUCAGCGUAAUGCGGCGUAUAGGAGUUCUUUGCAAAAUGUGGCUUUAGCAAAGGAUAAUGGCGGCUCACAACUAGAUUUCAAUCGAAAUAAUCAGUAUCGGAGCACCAUACAGGUGAUGGGCACAAAAUCCAACAACCGAAAUCACAACUAUAACAAUAACAAUGUUAGUUCACGCACAGUACCGGUGCCACAACCAAGAAGGUAUGUGUAUGGUGGAUCUGUGACGCCACAGCCACUGCGUAAUUCUGAUAUCGGUGCAGGCGUUGGUCUAACGCACGGAUCAUCGCAAAUUAGUAUGGCAAGCACAAAUCCAUUUGAUACAGACGACGAUGAUGAGGAAAAUAAUGAAGAUGUUUCGUUGGCCGGUGAUAGACAGAUCAUAACUUCAACACCCAUUAAGCAACGAAUGCACCGUAAAAAACGUCGUGCACCAGCGCCACCAACCAUUGCAGUACACAAACCAAACUCUUCGGUUGUCUCUUCACCGGAUUCUAGUCUCGAUGGAUCACCACAUCCACAACCACUUCCGGAAUUGCGGAUCGAAGAAUGUAUGGAUAUUGCAAAUCUAACAGCAGCUAUUGAAGAUUUCGUAAAAACUUCAAACGAUGAUGAACCAGAGUCAAUACCAGUCGCUACAAAAAAAAAACCAAUCGACCAAGCCACGCAAGAAGGCGCCUCUCCAAGCAAAACAGCAGCACAAAACGGCGACUCUAAUGCAGUUUGCGAUAGCUUGCCACCUAGUCCAAGCCAAAAAGAAGAAAGUAUAAAUACUGUCGACACUGUCAUGGUGGAAAAAGAAAAAUCAGCCAAAUGCGUACCAUCAGAAACGAAAGAUGGCUUGGAAAUGAAGCACACGGAAGUGAAAAAUAUUAAUUUACCAAAAGCUAAUACUGAAGCAGAAGUUGGUCACUUGGAAUGUAUACAUGUUCAUAUGGGAAGCCCACGCAAUACAACUCUAACCGAACAUGCCGAACCUAAUCAGUUAACAAGUUUCCGCGGAAAACAAACCCGUUCACCAGAACCUCGACAGCCGAUUACAACGAAAACUUCUUUCACACUCACCACGCCACCUGCAGUACGACGAGAUUCCACAAGAAAUGCUAAGAUUGCAUUGCAGACUACAGAAACCUUAACAUUCCCCGAGACAGGUGAGUUAAGGAUUACAGAGGACGUCACCACAUCAAAGUCUUUAAAAUCGCCACGAACAACGAAGCCCAUAGUAUCUGCUAAGCCACACAUUGCUGAGAUACACAAACCGGCCAGAGGUAUUACAAGCAAAAACAUAAAAAGUGACGAGCACAAAGACGCAGUAAAAGAGAACCGACAGCCCCCAAUGAGCCCAAUACCGCCAGUACGUAAUCACGCGUCAGUGAAACUAACGCAAGCAUCUGCGGUACAACCAAAAGAAACAGAGAGUGAAUUCAAAAUCGAGCAACAAAAAACAGAGGUCUGUGUAUUACCCAGCGAUACUGUACCUACCACUUCCACGCAUGCGCUAACCAUCACAGAGUCACAUGAAGAUUUGCUCGAGAAAGAUGAUACAACGAGUCACAUUUCUAAUGAUACAAAAAUUACAAGUGUCUCAACAACGCCAUAUCGAACACAAUCACCUACAGAAAUGCGAGAGGAAGCCUUAGAGUCACUGUACCGUCCGAAACCAACCACUUCAUAUCUUGAAUGGAAGCAAUCGUCACUAGCACCGCUCGAAAAAAGUGUGCCACCAGAAAAGCGUAAGUCCGUUAAGGAUAUCAUCGAAUCAAUUAACAGAAGUCAACGUUUGUUAAAUGCCUCUGCCCAUAAAGAUGCAGCACAUAACGGUUCUAGUCUCUCUAUUGGUGCAAGCAACGGUAAUGAGACACCUUUGCCACAACGAAAAUUUAGCGGCCAGUCUGCGAUUGAAAAGAAUGUAAGUGAUAUUAAAAGCCACGAGCAUAACGGGAACUCCACAGUGAAUGGUGGGCAUGAUGCCGACUUGCCUUCUACAUCAGCGGCAGCAUCGUUAGCAACGGACGAUAAUGCAAAUUUAAAUGGCGUUGCUAGCGACCUCGUGCAAGAUCCACAAAAGCUUAAUAAUAAUGAAAUAUUUAAGAAAUGCACGGUCAAGAAGGAUGUACAAUACGACUACAGAGAACAAUCGCCAACAACUUCUAAUCUCGAUUGGAACCCGGUACCCAAACCCAAGCGAAAUAAAAAUUUGUUAGAACAAUAAACUUAGUCAAAGGUAAAAGUUAAUUUUUGACUAGUCAGUGCAAACCUUUCAUAGGCCUUUCCUUUAAACCUUGUUUUGCUAACGAUAUUAAAUGAGGUGACCUUAAUGGUAUUGAGAGGAAAAAAUCGGGCUUAGCUGAGUAUGGCGUGACCCCUAGAUGAAAUUUUAAAAAAUUAUGCGCAUAAACAUACAAAAAUGCAAAUUACAUGGUAUAAUAAAUCAGUUAAGCAUAUGUAUAUAUAUAACUGUGUAUUCGCAGUAUUGCAUAUUUUUAGGAAAAUUUUUUUUGGGAAACCUUUGACUUUGUUUAGGGAAAGUUUUUCAGUCCGCUAACAAAACUUGGUUCGGAAAUUUCACCACAUGAAAAUUUAUUUGUUCCAACUUGAUUUUAUUGAGUUCCAAUUGGUUUUUUGCUGCGGUAGAAUUUCCUAGCCGUGUUUUGUCAGAGAAACUGGCAGAAACUGCAGCCCUUCGCUACUAUUCGUUCUUUAAAAAAGCUCCACAACUCCCGAUCCGUUCCUGUACUAAAACUCACGCAUGGCAUUAACCAUAAAAAUAACUUCAAGCUUUGAAGAGGAAAAAAAUAGCUUCAAAGAGCAUAUAAAGAUAAGAAGGUGCGGUUCUCGGCCCGUUCCACUAACAACACUCAGCUUACCACUGAAAAACCAAUUGGAACUUAUCAGAAUCAAUUUAGAACCGAUCAGUUUUCAGGUGGUGAAAUUUUCGUUGCGUAGUUUUGUUGGCAGAACUGGGUGAGUAUUGCACCUUUUUGACUUUAAAGGCUCUUUGUUGGUUUUUAGUUUAAGGAACAUCAAGGAUGAUGGGUGAAAAUCAAAUUUAUGAGAGUAACUUCAUCGGGUACUCAACAAAAGAAUUCUGACCGUUCAUUUCACACGUAUUUAUUCACUCGUCCAAUCUGUAUAUCACCAACCAAUCUCAGUUUUUUUUCGUGAACAAAUCGCUGUCAUGCCUUUGUGACGUUAGUCAAUCAGCUGAUUCUUUCCAAUUCGCUGAGAGCCGAUUAACGGUCUGAUGUUGGCCCGACCUCUGAAACCUUUUCACCAUGAAUCAGCAUCGUACGUGAGUUUCGUUAGAGGACUGGUCAGAAGUGCAGCUUCUCUAUUUUAGACGCUCAUAUUUAUAGCGUUAAACAGGAAAGGCGUGCCACUCGCGAGCGAUAUAUACUUUUUCUUGAUUGGCGCAAUAAGUGCCUAAGCAAUUUAGCUGAAUUUAACAAAGCGCCUGUUGUGUCUUCCUCGUGCCAAAAAGCGCCAGUGGAACACAUUAAGUGAAGCCAAGCCCGUCUACAUUUGACCUUUCCAGCGUAAGAGAUGCCUGUCUCUUCCUCUGACAGCAGCAGCAAGUAUCUCAUUUAUUACUUUCAAAACUGGAUCGUUUAUAUCCAUUGGUGCGACAGGACUUAGCCAACAUAACCGCUGGAUUUGUCCUCACAUCUCAUUGUACCAUCGUUUACGAUUGCUAUUGUCAACGCGCAAAGGUUUAUAAAUCUUCUGCAGAAUGUUUCUCUCGACCAUUCUAUGGUCCGCCUCCCCGCCCGACUGUGUGGGACGGGCAUAAUGGGAGGCUUAUAAAAUCUGGUAUUUGUUCAUCAAAAGAGGUCUUGAGUACUCAAUUGCCUACUUUCUCCAAAGGUUGGCAAACAACAUCCUGGCAUAGUAGAAAUUUAAUUGGGAAGAGUUACUUCUUAGCGUAGGAAAUCUCGUUUCAGAGUUUUAGUAAUGUGCAUCUCUCCUGGUUUUAACUUGUUUUUGAAAUUCCCUACAAUUAAACUCGCAAUGAAAACUGACCGCAGAAAACGUCUAAAAUAGGAAAA